ACACUCCUUCACCACCACCAUUACCAUUCCUGGCUGUAUCCCACUCCGCAUUCCACGGCUCUGCGCGUGGUCCGAUAAGCUUGUCUUUUCGAAGAAGCUAUCAUGGGGAGAUCGUCGCCUCCGUUCCUUUACAGACAAGCUAACUCCACGUUCCAUGGCCCGACCGACCGACCAUUCAACCCUAAGGCUGUGACCGAAGCGAGCUGGACUCGCGAAGAGCCAAAGCCCCAGCCCAAGGGGCCGCUGGUGAACCUCAAUCGCCAUCCAGACUCGUGGUCGAGUGCCCCUGAUAUCAAGCCGCAAUGGGAGCCGAUGAGCCCUAGUACAAAAGGGAGAGUGAAAUAUGGACGGCUGGUACAGCUGGUUCUUCGACUCGCGCAGCUGCUUGGGGCUCUGGGGUCGCUCUUCUGCGUGAUUGUGAUCACAAAUGUUCAAACCACUGUCUCGUGGAUUAUUCGGGUGGGACCCGCGGUGGCCAUCUUGCACACUCUGUAUGGUGCUUAUCAUUUAUGUCGCUCUCCGGUCACUCGGCCACCCGGGUCGCAGGCAAGCUACAUGCUGUUCGCCUCUACCGUCGAUGCUUGUCUCAUCCCAUUCUUUGCCUUUGCGGCUUUCAUGGGAUAUGGACAAUAUACAACCGACACAUACGAUUGGGGCACCUUGCUGGACAACAGUGAUGGAAAUAUGCCUAGCUUGAUAGCACAGACACUCUUUCUCCUAAGUGUGAUCAAUGGCGGGCUUCACCUGAUCUCGUUGGGUAUUUCGAUUUUCUUGGCCGCGAUUUUCCGUCAGAUUACGAGACUGCCGCCUGAUAUGAAUCCUCUGGAAGAUAAUCUAACAGCCCGUCCGCUCAAAAGGAAGAAGAAGCCGGAAAUCACCGAAAAGCACACAAGCCAGCACUCGGUAGACUCUAUCCUGUCUUCAGUCGAAGAUCCGUUGAUCGGGCCUCCCCGUACCAUGCCUUUUAUGCACACUAGGCAGAAUUCUUCCUUUGACCGGUCAAGCUAUGCCUUCUCCGAGAUAUCCAAUGAGAAACGCAACUCGAAAAUGUCGUUCCAUUUACCCCUUGUCUCGAAUAUGGAGCCGUCCAGCCCACAGUUUUCUGCUAGUGACCAGCCUGUCCGACCCAAGUCGUUCAUCACCCAAACCUCCGCAUUCCGAAAUAUUGACAGCUUCUCUGCUCAGCCAGAAACAGUAGCCGACAGGAUUGGAGAUGUUCAAUUGGAACAGCCGGUGGCUGAACACCCUGGACAAGCACAUCUCCUGAGCGACCCUUCAGACAAUUGGAUUGCUUAUCCAUCUCGAACACCGUCACCUGUCCUAGAUGGAGCAGCAAAAAACGAGAACCUCGCGCGCCGAGAAGCCUCUUCCGUGUACAGCAAACGAUCGAACACGACAACAUCUUCGUACAGCGGUGUUAAGGACUGGGUCGGGUCUGCGCAGAAGUUCGGACGGGAUAUUGGCAAUGUACUCCCGGAGGAUAUUCGUGGGGAGUAUGAAUCGCUCACUAUGAAUGAGUACUACGGCAACGAAGAUAUGCACAGUGUACCGAAAAUAGGCGGAUUUUACGACGAGCUGGAGCACGACCUGGGCACACACCGGAUUGAAAUCUUCACUGAUCACAACGACAAUGACGACCUCAGCGAUAACGAUGAUCAAGAUAUGGAGUCGCUGCGCCCUAACCCGCUGACCAUGAACCCACCUACUCCGCGCCCUCUUAUGGACGAGUAUAUCGAAGACCACGUCAAAACCUCCCGCCCCGUGCUGACCGACAUUCCCAACCUCGAGUACGGCCAGGCAUCGCUGGUGCCCCCUCCCAUCGAGAACCCGCUGAAGAAGGGCAGGUUCUACGGCGAGUUGCAGUCCGACUCGGGGCUCUCCAUCCCCCGUGGUGUCAGCGGACAGGACGAAGAAUACACCCGCCCCAAGGAGCCUAGCCGAGCGAAAUCCUUCAUCCGGCGCAAGAGCGAGAAGAAACGGAAACCGCCCAUCCCCGCCGUUGCUCCCAAGGAGGAACCGCCUGUCGAUCCACCCACUGUCGCCACGCACGAGAGCGACCGCAAGGGUCGCGUCGUGAGCAAUUCCGGCGCAGACAUCACAGCCCGGAAUACCCUGGGCGCCGGCUCGGCCCUGUCCUACGGAAACUACAUUGCCGGCCUGGGCGUGGGCCGUCGUCGCGACGUCAGCGGGAAACUCGCCGAGGAAGGUCGCAGCGCGGUUUUCUCGUCGCCGUCUGAUGAGCAGCCCGCCCGACCGGGUUCCGACAUGGAGAACACGACGCCGAUCAGGGCAGCGGGAUGGGCUCGUUUUGCAGGGUUGUAAUUUGAUGACACUUUUUUUUCUUUUGAUGGAUUUAUGGAUUCAGGAAUGACUUUUGAGGCUCUAGUCAUUUUCUGUUUUUUAUGAUGGUCUCCAAGCGAUGUUUGUUUUCCCAUGCUCUUUCUUAUCUCAUGUUCAAUAUUUUGCUCUGGGCCUUUUGUCUUUAAUUCUACAUGUAUCUAGGUAGAUAGUCCUGAUGGUCUCCAAAGUAACUAACUACUAGUGAUUAAAUGUUUAUAUUGUACUGUUUGCCAAAGUGUCUGUUUGUCUGGGAGACAAACGAUGCAAACAUACUCCGCA